AUGAACAACGUAGGCAUGGCAAAUAUGAAUGCCAUGGCGGGGCCCGUAGGCGGACCUAUGCCGAUGGCCAUGAACAACGGCGCGAUGCCCGGCGCGCAACACAUGCAGCAGCAGCAGAUGAGCCAAAAGUCCAUGUUGAACACCUACAUCUACGACUAUUUCCUCAAGGAGAACAUGCAUGACCUGGCCCGCAGUAUACUCAGCUACGACCCGAGCAUCAUCACCUUGCCCAAGGACAGUCCUGGGCGCCGCCGCGAUGAAGGCGGUCUGGGCGGCGACGACGCCAUGGACACGGAUAGCAAGGACGAGCUUGAGAAGCGGCCGAGCGACCUUCCCGCAGCGAACGUCCCGGCAACCUCGGACUCGUGUUUCCUAUACGAGUGGUUCGCUCUUUUCUGGGACAUGCUGAACGGUCAUCGCGGAAAGCCUGGUGGCAACUCACAGGUGAACCAGUACAUCCACCACACACAGCAGCAGAACCGAUUGAAGCAGAGCCAGCAGCAGGAGAUGCUGCGGCAGAUGCGCCCUGAGAUGCAGUUCAACCCCGCCGCCAUGAUACGGACUAUGCCCAACGGCAUGCAGAUGGCCGCCGCCAACAAGAACAACCUGGCCAGGACGGCCAUGGCCAACAACCAGAACAACCCGCAAGCCAUGGCCCUGAUGCAGCAGCAGGCCAAGCAAAACCAGAUGCAGCGCGAGCCCUCGGACAUGGAGGGCAACCGCCGGCCAGCUUCCCCCGGAUCGACAGACAACGCGCCCUCCCCCAAGAGGGCGCGUCUCGACGGCAACGCGCCGUUCAACGGCCAGCAGGCGGGCAUGAUGCCCAAUGGACGGCCCCAACAGCAGGGAAUGCCGGGACAACAGGUGGGCAAUGGCCCCGUGAACAUGAAUAGCAGUCAAGUAGCUCGAGUACAAGCGGCCACCCAGCUACUGAUUGCGCACGACAUCGAUCCAAAGUCGCUGACUCCUGAGAAGUUCCAGAAUUUCGCGAAUCAACCGCCAAACACCCAGAAGGCGUCGAUCCAGAGCUAUUCUCAGAACCUGCAGCAGCACCAUGGCCAGCAGAUGCCUAAUAAGGGGAUGGCCCAGCCCGGCAACCCCCAGGGCCAAGGUUCUCCAAUGAUGCCGCAACCGAACCCCGCCGAUAUCAGCACCAUGUAUAAUACGAACGACUUUGCCCCGGGAGGCAUGCGUCCCGGCCCGGCCAACGGUCAAGGCGGUGGCAGCAACCAUGCUCUGCAAGACUACCAGAUGCAGCUGAUGCUUUUGGAGCAGCAGAACAAGAAGCGUCUCAUGAUGGCCCGGCAAGAGCAGGACAGCAUGGGUGGCAUGCAGCCUCGCGCUGACGGACCUGCCGGCCCAGGUGGUCCUGGUGGUCCCGGAGGCCCUGCUGGCCCCAACGGCCAGCCCUUCCCCGACGCUUCACCUCAGGGAGUAAGAACCGGCGCUUCGCCGAACCCGAGUGAGCAGAUGAAGCGGGGCACGCCGCAGAUGGGCCCUGCCGGCAUCCCGUCGCCGCUACCUGAAGGCGCCCAGUCCCGGGGCUCUCCGAACCCCAUGGGCUUCAUGCCAGGCGCCAACAUGGAUCCCAACAUGGCAGGCAACCCACAGUUUUUCAAGGGUAUGAACGGCAUGGACGGCGGCAUGGCACAGAUGAACGGAGGUGCUAUGCGCCCCCCUAGCUCGCACCCCCAGCCCUUCAACGGUCAGAUGACGCCUCAAAUGAUGGCCGCCAGACAACAGGGCGGGCAAGGCGCGCCGAACCAAAUGCAAUGGCAGGGCGGCCCCAACGGUGCCAUGGUUCCCCAGGGACCCCAAGGCCCGUCCCAGGGCACACCGCAACAAAGAGCAAUGCCCCCGCCGUCAGCACCAGGUGCCGGCGCCAACGCCGCCAACGGCCGGGCACAGCCCGCAUCGCCGGCGCCGAGCAAUGCGGCGCCACCAACGCCCCAGCAAGCUAACAAGGCCGCCCCCAAGAAGAAGGACAGCAAGGCCGCUAAGAGCAAGGCUGCGGCGCAAAAGAAGACCAAUGCAACAACUGGCGCCACCCCAGCAGCAGACGCUUCACAGGAUUCAGAACCGACGCCCGCGACACCCAUUACCCCGGCCAACUCGGCGAGCUUUGGCAAGAACGGACAAGGAGCCGCAAACGCUCCGCCGGUCCCCAACGCGCAGACGUCGGCGCCUCCUGCGCCUACGGCCCCCGUGGCCCCCCCGGCCCAUGCCGACCCCUCAGCUGGUUUUGGUAUGGACAAUGGCAGCAUGAACAUGGACUUUGGUCUCGACUUCGCCAACCCCAUGAAUUCAGACAAUGUGCUCCAGGACUUCGACUUCGACUCGUUCCUUCACGAUGGUGAUGGCGGAGAGACCACAUUCGACUUUAACCCCACGACGUUUGAUAUGCAAGGCACAGGCGAGAUCACAACCGAGUAG